GCUAAACGAACGCUAUACUGCUGUCUCAUCCUCGACAUCCAUUCUCUCGCCGACUCCCUCUCCGCCUGAAUAGCGAACUCUCACGUCAGUCCUCUCCGACUGGCAGGAAAAGGAGCGGAGAGCACAGCAUCGAUUACACCAUCACUCACAGCUCAAAGGAGAACACUCGCCGGAUGACGAAUGGUCGAACAGGGGCAUAGCGAAACCGAAGAACCGUCGCAUCAUGCCCUCCCGGCCUACCGCUAGGGUACAGGCUACGAGCUCAGGAAGCCUUCCUCGAGAGAGCUUGAGUCGGAAUCGGAAUGGACAGUUGCCGAUACUCGAACAUCUCUUGAGCGAGGAGGGCAGCCGGCCGUUGAGUCUCGCUGCUGAUGAGAACCGGAUAUAUGUGGGACCGUCCUCGGAGUCGAAUGCGAUCAUCGUGUACAGUCGAGACCAGCUGCAGAAGCAGGCCAUGCUCUUGGGCCACGAGGGUUCUGUACUAGCUUUACUAUUGGUGCCGGAAAGAAAAUGGCUGUUCAGCGGUAGCAGCGAUGGUACCGUCAGGAUCUGGUGUACCGAGACGCUCUCGCCGCUUUGUGACAUCACUCCGAGCUCAGGUACCUCGGGUGACAUCUACUGCCUGGCAUGGGAUCCUCGAGCCGGAGGUACACUUUACUUUGGCGAUCAGUCCACCGACAUCGAAUACGUCAACUUUGGCAGAUCAAAGGCCGAGCUGCAAUCCGGCUACUUUGGCACGCAACCCGUCAAGGUCACGAAAACCCGUUCGAGCCGAGUCUUUCCGCACAAGUUCUUUUCAGAACCUCGACCUGGCUCGCCGGCGUUUGGGGGUAGCCCUCGGAGCAGUGUUCGGAACAUGCAAAACACGCCGAUAUUGUAUCCCGGCAUACAACCGGCCGCCGACGUCUUGCCCGAAGAGCUAUCGGUCCCCUUGGACAAUGUCGUCAGCAGCGCGCACUACGGAUACGUCUACUGUAUGCAGAUGAUACAGCGUCCGGAUGAUACAUGGUGGCUGGCCAGCGGGAGUGGGGAUGCCGACGUCAAGAUGUGGGAAUGCCAGCCCGGUGGUGGUCUCCAGUACCUGUUCACCUUUGACGAGCUACCCGGAGCCACACUCUCUUUGACCUACCGCGACAGUCUGCUCUUUGCCGGUAUUCAAGGUGGACAGAUCAAGGUCUGGGAUCUCGAGACGCGAUCGUGCAUCCGGAGCAUCUUGGCCCACAACUCGGACGUCAUGUCGAUGGCGAUCGCCGGUACAGAGCUGUACGCCGCGGGUGCCGAUGGGAUGAUGAUCCGUUUCGACUCUAGUUUCGACUGUAUCGCUACCUUCCAAGCACAUCAGUUUUCGAUCUUGUCGACGCUGAUGUUGCAACAAGAGGGAGGACAAUACAGUCUCAUCUCGGCUGGCAAGCGUUUCGUCAAGUUGUGGAACCUGCCGCGAGGGGAAUCUGCCGAGGUCACACCCAUCCGACACGAUGUCAACAAUGUGACUCCAAGCAAUGACGGUGAUGUCAUGCUUUACGGACUCAGCAAGAUGAUCGCUAUCCCGACUGUCAGCGAUGGCAAGCAUAGCGAAGACUGUAGGCAGGGAGCCCAUUUACUGAAGCGCUUGGUGACCCAGAUGGGCGCCGAGGCUCAAUUACUGCCUACGAUGGAUGGCAAGAAUCCUCUGGUCCUGGCCAAGUUCCAGGGUCAAUCAGUCGGCAAGCCCCGCAAGAGGGUCUUGUUCUAUGGCCAUUACGAUGUUCAGCCAGCAACAGAGGAGGAGUGGGCUACGGACCCUUUCGAGCUCUCCGGUCGUAAUGGGUAUCUUUACGGACGUGGAGUCGCCGAUAACAAGGGUCCCAUCCUCGCUGUAGCCUGCGCCGCUGCCGCGCUUCGUGAACGAAGGAUGCUCGACGUCGAUCUCGUCAUGGUCAUUGAGGGCGAGGAGGAAGCGGGAAGCGCCGGGUUCCUCCAAGCGAUGCAGAAGUACCGCGACGACAUUGGCCAUAUCGAUACUAUCCUGCUUUCCAACUCGUCGUGGGUUGGGGAAGACGAUCCCUGUGUCGUCUUUGGUUUGCGGGGAGUCAUUUACGCCAACCUGAGCAUCACCAGCAAGAAUGCCGACGCGCACUCUGGAGUCGACGGUGGAGCCGUGGCAGAACCCAUGUUGGCCAUGGUCAAGCUAUUAUCGAACAUCGAGAACGGUGGCAAGGUAAAUAUUCCCGGAUUUUAUGACGGAGUCUCGCCACUUGGGGAAGAAGAACAGAGAUACUAUGAAGCGGUAGCCAAGGUCUCCGACAUGACGGUCGGGACUAUUGCCAAAAAGUGGCGAGAGCCGACGUUUUCGGUCGCCAAUAUCAGAGCAAGCGGGCCCGCCAACAAUACCAUCAUUCCCAACUCGGUCACCGCGAACGUCUCGUUCAGGUUGGUGCCAGAUCAAGAUCUCGAAACCAUCGUAGACGGAUUGAAGAAGCACUGCAACAAUGUCUUUGCAGAGAUGCAGAACGGCAUGGCUCUCGAGAUCAACGUAACACAUCGUGCGAGAUGGUGGUUGGCUCACCCUGAAAACGCCUAUUUCCAGACUCUGGAAAGGGCAAUCGAAAAGAUUUGGAAGCAGAAGCCAUUGCGCAUCCGGGAAGGAGGCUCCAUUCCCACGAUACCAUUCUUGGAAGAGCUCUUCAACGCUCCCUGCGUGCAUUUGCCUAUCGGUCAGCAUUCUUCCAACGCACAUCUAAGCAAUGAGAGAUUACGGCUCUUGAAUCUGAGAAAUGGCAAAAAGGUCAUUGAGGAAUUCCUCAUCAACGUCGCCAAGAUCGAGCCAACAGUAUCCUGCUGAUCACGGAACAUGUCCACGCAGACACGCUUGUACAACCAGCAAAUUCAUUAUAGCAUACAUCGUCAGGUUAUUGUUCAUAUACUCCGUCCCAGGUUCUUCCACAUGGCUCUUGCUACCCCUCGCAUGGCCUGUCUCGUCUCUUCUCCUUCCUUGCUGUCCUGCACCAU